AUGAUCUCGGCUGAGGAACUUAAACAAAUUCAUCUAGAAGCAAGUACUGCCUAUGGUCUCAUGGGCCUCACUACGAGACAAGAACCCCUUCCCGAUAAGCAGUCGUUCGAAGCAAUAGAUAAAGCAAUCGAAGAAUCAGACGGGAAAGCUAUCUUCAACGUAGGAGAAUUUUAUGGUCCUGAUUUCAACAAUUUAAAGCUUGUGAGGAGGUACUUCACUUCUUAUCCUCAUAAGAGAGACCGCGUCAUUAUCAGCUGCAAAGGAGGUAUGGAAAAUGCUACUUUAACCCCUAAAGGAGACUAUGCUAGUAUGUCAAAUUCAAUCGAUACAUGUCUCAAGGAAAUUGGGGGCCCAAUCGAGAUAUUUGAACCAGCGCGGAUCGAUGUUGCACUGGCAGGUAGUAAUUGCUAUGCCGCUGAGACUUUCGAUUGCAUUGUAGACUAUAUCAAAAAAGGUAAAAUUGGCGGUAUUUCGCUAAGUGAAGUCAAUGCCGAACAGAUUAGGGCAAUUAAUUCGAAAUAUGGAGAAUAUUUAUGCUGCGUUGAAGUUGAGCUUUCUCUAAUCUCAAGAGAAAUCCUCAGCAAUGGUGUUGUCGAUACAUGCAAUGAGCUGGGCAUCCCUGUCAUAUGUUAUUCCCCCCUAGGCAGAGGGCUAUUAAGUGGAGCGAUCAAAUGUUUUACAGAUAUACCAGAGGGAGAUUUCAGACAACAUUUUGCAAGAUUUCAAGAUGACUCCUUGAAACAAAACUUAAAGGUUGCACAAUUUUUACAAGAUGAGAUAGUUUCUAAGCGUGAUGAUGGAAUCACUCUAUCUCAAGCUGCACUUGCUUGGAUCAGGUCCCUGAACUCCAAAUAUCCAAAUACCAGGCUGAUUCCGCUUCCCGGUGGCACUACGGCUUCUAAAGUUGAACAGAAUUACGCCAUAUUCGAAUUGACCCAGGAAGAAAUUCAUAAAAUUGAAACGUUCAUCAACAAUUUUGAGAUCAGAGGUGGGAGAGUAGAGCAUAUUAAGAAGUAG